UGGUGGGUUACGCUGUUGGGAUUGUCGCCGUGCGGAUGGUGGAGCCGGAUGGAGGCAGGCGGCGGUGUUUUUAUUUCUGAAUGAACAUUUAGGGUAUUAAAUUACAGCCGUAUUAAAAAACAAUUUUAUUUAUACAUUAUUUCAAUUGAUUUUGUACUACAUGAAAUGUUGUUAAACUAUUUAACGUUUGGAAUUUGUACAGUAAAUUAUAAAUCUAGGCAAGUAAGCAAGCAAGCUUUGUUGAGGAUUUCAGGCCUUGUUCUAACCACCGCUCGUCGAUUUUAACAAUAGCCGCGAUACACUCCCUCAUCCGGAACUAUUUUGACAAGACAUUUUUCAACUGGUACGAACACAGAAAAUAUCUCAAUGUGGUCCGUUGACUGAAAUAAUUUCUUAGUUUAUGGACUAUAUUGUAUGCAGGACUUUUCAGUAUUUUAUCUGCUAGUAGCAUCACGAACAUUUAGGGAAACAAAAGGAAGAUGUCCAACGGCGCUGCAGGAAGCGGGGGUCUGACUUGGGUGACCCUCUUUGAUAAGAAGAAUGCUGCCAAAAAGAGGGAGGAGGAGGCAGCCGCGGCGGCGGCAGCUGCGAAUGGCAGGGGUGAUGGGGGCAAGGCGGAGGGAGGAGGAGCCAAGAAGAAGGGAGGAGAUAAGAUGUCAGUGGAGAGGGUGUACCAGAAGAAGACCCAGCUGGAGCACAUCCUACUGAGGCCAGACACCUACAUCGGCUCUGUGGAACCUGUCACCCAGCAAAUGUGGGUUUUCGAUGAAGACCUUGGGAUGAAUCUACGAGAAAUCACUUAUGUCCCUGGAUUAUACAAAAUCUUUGAUGAAAUUCUUGUCAACGCAGCUGACAACAAACAGCGAGAUAAGAGCAUGUCAACCAUAAAGAUCUCCAUUGAUCCUGAGUCCAACACCAUCACCAUCUGGAACAAUGGUAAAGGCAUCCCCGUGGUGGAACACAAAGAUGAGAAGAUGUACGUUCCCGCUCUCAUCUUCGGACACCUCCUCACCUCCAGUAACUACGACGACGAGCAGAAGAAAGUCACAGGUGGAAGGAAUGGGUACGGUGCUAAACUCUGCAACAUCUUCAGCACAAAGUUCACAGUGGAAACCGCCUGCAAGGAGUACAAACACAGCUUCAAACAGACUUGGCAGAACAACAUGGGGAAGACGAGCGACUCCAAGAUCAAGUUCUUUGACGGGGACGACUUCACGUGCGUGACCUUCCAGCCGGACCUGUCCAAGUUCAAGAUGGAGAAGCUGGACAAGGACAUAGUGGCUCUGCUCACCAAGAGGGCUUACGACAUCGCUGGGUCCUGCAAGGGCGUCAAAGUCAUGCUCAACGGGAAGAAACUCCCUGUGACAGGGUUCCGCAGCUAUGUGGACCUGUACGUGAAGGACAAGCUAGACGAGGUGGGCGUGGCCUUGAAGGUGGUCAACGAGUCAGUCAACGAGCGCUGGGAGGUCUGUCUCACCAUGAGUGAGAAGGGAUUCCAACAGAUCAGCUUUGUCAACAGUAUCGCCACCACCAAGGGUGGCAGACACAUUGAUUACGUGGUGGACCAGAUCGUAGCCAAGCUGAUAGAGGUGGUGAAGAAGAAGAACAAAGCUGGUGUCUCAGUCAAACCCUUCCAGGUGAAGAACCACAUCUGGGUGUUUGUGAAUGCGUUGAUCGAGAACCCGACCUUUGACUCCCAGACCAAGGAGAACAUGACCCUCCAGACCAAGAGCUUUGGUUCUAAGUGUCCUCUGUCAGAGAAGUUCAUCAGAGCAGCGACCAACUGUGGCAUCGUGGAGAGUAUCCUGAACUGGGUGAAGUUCAAGGCCCAGACACAACUCAACAAGAAGUGUUCUUCAGUGAAGUACAGCAAGAUUAAAGGCAUCCCCAAGCUUGACGACGCCAACGAUGCUGGUGGUAAACACUCGUCAGAAUGCACUCUGAUCCUGACUGAGGGAGACUCGGCCAAGUCCUUGGCCGUCUCCGGCCUUGGUGUCAUUGGGCGAGAUCGCUAUGGUGUCUUCCCACUACGAGGAAAAAUUCUGAACGUACGAGAGGCCACACACAAACAGAUCAUGGAGAACGCAGAGAUCAACAACAUCAUCAAGAUCGUGGGUCUGCAGUACAAGAAGAGCUACGAGGACCCAGAGUCUCUGAGAUCCCUACGCUACGGCAAGAUCAUGAUCAUGACCGAUCAGGAUCAGGAUGGCUCCCAUAUCAAGGGUUUGCUCAUCAAUUUCUUCCAUCACAACUGGCCAUCCCUGCUCAAACACACCUUCCUGGAGGAGUUCAUCACGCCCAUCGUCAAAGUGAACAAGAAUAAACAGGAGCAUGCUUUCUACAGCAUUCCAGAGUUUGACGAAUGGAAGAAACAGACGGUCAACUUUAAAACCUGGCAUAUAAAGUACUACAAAGGUUUGGGUACCAGCACAAGCAAGGAGGCCAAGGAGUACUUUGCAGACAUGGAGAAACACCGGAUCAUGUUUAGAUACGCCGGGACAGAGGACGACGCUGCCAUCACACUGGCGUUCAGUAAGAAGAAGACUGACGACAGGAAGGAGUGGCUCACCAACUUCAUGGAGGACAGGAGACAGAGGAGGAUGCACGGCCUGCCAGAGCAAUACCUGUACGGCACGCAGGCGAAACACCUGUCCUACAACGACUUCAUCAACAAAGAACUCAUCCUCUUCUCCAACUCUGACAACGAGAGAUCCAUCCCAUCCUUAGUGGACGGUCUGAAGCCAGGUCAGAGAAAGGUACUCUUCACCUGUAUGAAGAGGAAUGAUAAGAGGGAGGUGAAGGUGGCUCAGCUGGCUGGUUCAGUGGCAGAGAUGUCUGCCUACCAUCAUGGAGAGCAAUCCCUGUUGAUGACAAUUGUGAACUUGGCCCAGAACUUUGUGGGCAGCAACAACGUGAACAUCCUGCAGCCGCUGGGUCAGUUUGGUACCCGCAUCAACGGGGGCAAGGAUGCUGCCAGCCCCCGUUACAUCUUCACCAUGCUCAGUCCCCUGGCCAAGAUGUUGUUCCCAGCGGUGGACUCCAGUCUGCUGAAGUUCCUGUUCGAUGACAACCAGAAGGUGGAGCCAGAGUGGUACAUCCCCAUCCUCCCUUUGGUGCUGGUGAACGGGGCCGAGGGCAUCGGGACGGGCUGGGCCUGCAAGAUCCCCAACUACGACCACAGAGAGAUAGUCAACAACCUGUACCGCAUGCUCAACAUGCAGGACCCUCUGCCCAUGCUGCCCAGCUAUAAGAACUUUAAAGGAGUGAUCCAUGAGUUGGGUCAGAACCAGUACAUGGUCAGUGGCGAGAUCUCUGUCCUGGACAAGAACACCAUUGAGAUCACUGAGCUGCCCGUUCGCACCUGGACACAGGCCUACAAGGAGUCGGUACUAGAGCCCAUGCUCCAGGGGACAGAGAAGACUCCCGCUCUGAUUAAUGACUAUAAGGAGUACCACACGGACCAAACUGUCAAGUUUGUAGUCCGUAUGUCAGAGGAGAAGCUGGCCCAGGCAGAGGCUGCUGGACUACACAAAGUCUUCAAGCUACAGUCCAGCCUCACCUGCAACUCCAUGGUGUUGUUUGACCACAUGGGCUGUCUGAAGAGGUAUGACUCGGUCCAGGACAUUCUCAAGGAGUUCUUUGAGCUGCGGUUGCACUACUACAAGCUGAGGAAGGAUUGGCUUGUGGGGAGCCUGGGGGCGGAGGCUUCCAAACUGUCCAAUCAGGCACGAUUUGUGCUGGAGAAGAUCGAAGGAAAGAUCACAAUCGAGAACAAGUCUAAGAGGGAACUGAUCAGGAUGCUGGUGCAGAAAGGCUUUGAUUCGGACCCGGUGGCAGCAUGGACCAAGGCACAGGAAAAGGCUCUGGAGGAGGACGAUCAUGAUGGUAACAACAGUGACGGCUCUGUGGACUCUGGGUCGUCGUCGGGACCAAACUUCAACUACAUCCUCAACAUGCCUCUGUGGUGCCUGUCCAAGGAGAAGGUGGACGAGCUGCUCCGACAGAGAGACAUCAAGAAAGGAGAGUUGAAUGAGCUGCAGAGGAAGUCUCCUGAGGACCUGUGGAAGGAGGACCUGGCUGUCUUCAUUGAGGAACUGGAUAAAAUCGAGGCCCAGGAGCAGGCAGACAUAUGUGCAGGAAGAGGCACCAAGCUGGUGAAGGGCAAGGUGGGCAAGCCCAAGGUGAAGAAACUACACCUGGAGGAAACGUUACCCUCGCUGUACGGCCGCAGGGUCGUACCCACCAUCACACAGGCCAUGAAGACUGACGCAUCCAAGAAGAUGACCAAGAAGAAGAAGGGUGAUGCGGACCUGGUGAUGAAGCUGGAGUUUGAUGAUGAGAUGGGAGUACUGGGAUCAGAUGGAGGAACAGGGGAGAACUCCCUCAACUCCUCCUCUAAUACACCAGCCCCAACCCCAGCCAAGCCCAAGGCCCCCCGGGUCAAACGGGAGAAGAAGGAGCCAGGUACUCCAAGAGCCAGGAAAACCCCCACACCCAAAGGAUCAUCUGGUAAGAAGGUGAAGAAGCGUAACCCCUGGUCGGAGGACGAGUCCAAAUCAGAGAGUGAUCUGGAGGACAGUGAACCUGUAGUCAUUCCCCGAGACACCAAGUCACAACGGGCCUCAGCGGUCAAGCCCAAGUACACCUUUGAUUUCAGUGAGGAAGAGGAUGGAGGAGAGGAAGAGGAGGAGGAUGAUGAAGAUGCUGCGUCCUCGCCCGUCCGGCCCUGCAAAGACGACUUCACUGCCUCCUCCGAGACUAAAGACCGAUACAACGACCACAGCGCCAAUGACGAGGAUGAUGAAGAUAUCUUCCCCCCGCCCAAACAGGCAACCACCACCGUCUCACCAGCAAAGAAGAAGGAACCAGAGAGUAUAUUCUCUUCCUCCAAAUCGGCCUUCUCCUCUGAAAAGAGCAAUGACAGUGACGAUCUGAAGUUGGACAGUGACGAGGAAGACAAAGCCUUCUCCUCAUACUCCAGCAGCUCUGCCUUCGACAAACCUGUCCCAGCUAAGAAAGGACAAGAAGCAGCCCGGUCUCAACAAGACGCACAAUACUCAGCUAAGAAGCUGUCGGAUGCAGCUCUCAAACCCAGGAAAGCACCAGCGCCCAAAACGCCACCAAAACAGAAGCUUGACACGUCUGUCUGGGACUCUGACUCCGAUACCGGCUCCAAGAAGCCUUCACCAGCGCUCAAAGGUAAAAGUGGAGGGAGGAAGAGGAAGCAGUCUGGAUCUGAAGAGGAUGAUUUCAGUCCCAAGAAGACACCUGGGAAAGCACCCAAAACCCCUGCCAGCAGGAAGCCAUCAAAGAAAGUAGCCGUGACCCCGCCCCCCAUGUCAGAUGAUGAUGAUGUGGACUCCAACCGUUUCAGCCAAUCCAGCGUGGCGUCCCGAGAACGACCGGGCAGAGGCAGGGCCAAGAAGGAAGUGAAGUACUUUGCUGAGUCAGGGUCAGAUGAUGAUCAGUACGACAUGUUUGAGUAGACCAUGGAAUCCCUCCCACACACAGGCUCUGUUCCAGUGCUAUUUAAAUGCUUCCUCCCUCCCUCGUAGUAAUCACAGAUCUUCAUUGGUUGGACUGGGGAAAGUAAUAGGUUGGUACCCUUGCUGUCACCUAUCCAAUCACCUAUGCUCUGUGACCACCUCUAGGAAAUCAGGAAGGACGGAUUUAAAAAAAAAUUGAACAGAGCUAUUUACACACCGCUUGAGUAAUUUUAACGUGCAUCCUUCCUUCUUCACUUCCUAGAAGAAAUCAUCUGAGAGGUGGGGGAUAGGUGGAAGCAGCGGUGGUGUACCUAUCCAGUCAUGUCCGAUCAGUGAUUAUUUCAAAGUAGAAAGGAAGGAUUUGGUUUUGAAGUGUUCAACCAGGACCAGACACACGCUGGUGGAAAUACCCGUGCUGCAGACUUUUGUACACCCCCCCCCUCUCUUUUAUUUUAUUUUAAUGGUGACGUUUAAUGCUUUCUACUGUGUAGGUGUUUUACACUUUUUAUUAUACAUACAAUACAAUUUUGUUUUUUAUUAUUACCAUGGAAAUGUUCUGUAUUUGUCCUAAGCAGCUUUUAGAAGUUAGGAACGCGGUGCUUCAGCACAUUUUAACUGUUAAAAAGUCAAAGAGACAAUGUACCUUUUUGAACAAGAACUUGGAAGUAAACAAUGAAAUGUAAAUUA